AUGCCAGACGAGUCGCGUAUCCGUGUUCUCACUCUCAAUUGCUGGGGUCUCAAAUACGUCGCCAAAAACCUCGAGGAGCGCAUUGAGACUAUUGCACACGAGUUGGCCCAUUCCGACUAUGAUAUCAUUGCCCUGCAAGAAAUAUGGGUCUUUGCCCACUAUGAAAGAGUACAGAAAAGAAUAGCUGCCCGUUUACCGCACUCGAAAUUUUUCUAUAGCGGUGCACUUGGAGCGGGUCUCGCCAUAUUCAGCCGUUAUCCUUUCAUAUCCUCAUCAAUUUACCCAUAUUCUCUCAACGGUACACCCUUAGAUGUUGCGGCUGGCGACUGGUUUGUCGGGAAAGCAGCCGCCAAUGUUGUCAUCAUGCAUCCUAUCCUCGGUCAAGUGCAAGUCUUCAAUACACAUCUUUUUGCUAAAGGGGGAGAGGAUGGACCUGAGUAUAAUCGAGCACACCGUCUUGUCAACGCUUGGGAAUUUUCGAAACUUGCUCGACAAGCUGCAGAAGUUGGAAGAUAUGUACUAGCGCUGGGUGAUUUUAACAGCAUUCCAACCACCUUGCCAAUGACCAUCAUCUUCCAACAUGCUGCCCUGAAGGACUCUUGGGCAGUCACCCAUCCAAACGUUCAAGCAUCACAUGUGGUUUCUGCCCAACAAGCUGUUCAGCAACUUGGCAUCACGGCUGACUCUCCUCUAAACAGCUGGUCAGCAGGAAAGCUUUAUGCUCGAGGCACGUGGGGUAAGCGUCUGGAUUACAUUCUCUAUCGGCAGCCAAACCGUCCUGGCCAGACAUCACCGAGUUUGAAAGCCGUUGACACCAAAGUGGUGCUCACAGAAACUGUUCCUGGACGGUCUUUCUCUAUCUCAGACCAUUUUGGUCUUGAAGCCACCUUUGAGAUUAUCACCGAUCUUUCCAACGAGGAAACAGAUCCAAGUUUGGUACCCCCGUUUCAACAACCCAGCGAACUAUCAGGCUCAACUAUUAACGCAACGAUACACGCACUUACGGCUUGUUUUCGCUUCUCGCGAGAGAGGUCGCGCAGAGAGUUGAUCAUCUUCGGCUUAUGCCUGUUAAUCCUAGUUGGCGUGGUCGUCGGUACCGCAUGGCUGCCGCAUUCCUGGAUAAAUCCCAUCUUUAUCCUGUUCACGGUGUUUGUGGCAUGGUUGGCUACGACUAUGCUAUACGAAGGUUAUAUUUUUGGGAACUGGGAAUGCAACGCUCUUAUGAACGUCAUCGAAGAACUAGAGAUUCAUAGAAAAGGGCAAGAAAUAUUGAAUGGACGACCAGGAGAUUGA